GACGGAGCAGCUCUUUCCGCCGCAGGGACAGCAGCAACCGUGCGCUCCUCCUCGGCUCGCGUCCGCCCCGUCGAACUUCGUUUCUCCCUUCUUCUCCUUCUUCCCGCGCCGGCUUCAUGGAGGGCUCCUCUUCGCCGCCGCCCGCCUACUCGGACCUCAGGCGGGGCCUGGGGAAGAGCAACAGCGGCGCCGACCUGCAGAUGAACGGCGACGAGGAGGCGCCGGGCCCCGAGGAAGAGGAGAUCCACGCGCCCAAAAACUACCUGUGGCUCAGCAUCCUUUCCUGCUUCUGCCCGUCCUACCCCAUCAACAUCGUGGCCUUCGUCUUCUCAGUGAUGGCAUUAAACAGUUACACACAGGGAGAUAUAGAGGGGUCAAAAAGACUGGGCCACACCGCACUCCUGGUUGCUAUCGCAGCGAUCCUCAUUGGCCUCGUGUUGAUCGGUAUCCUUUGUGCGGUUCAUUUCACUACGCACGUCAUCUGACAUCCAAGACUUAGGAUGGGAAGUGUUGCCCGUCUUCAAACCUCUGGGAAAGGCACAGGGAAUCUCUGGCAAAGGGAAGGAAAACAAGGAUCCUUCAGUCCAGACGGUUUGAUUCCAGUCGCUGGUGAACAGAUUGCGUCCGCUAUCGUUGUCCACAGUGCUGCAUAAACCGAGACGAGCAUCAAAAAGUAUUUCUUAAGGAAUGCUGUUAAUAGAGAAAUGCUUCCAAUUUGCUUUUCAAACCCCCAAACUCCAGGCCUCCGUUUUCAUGUAUGUUGGAGGUGGUACCUCUAUUCCUGCAACACACACAAACGCCUCUCCCUCCAUCCUACAUCGUAGGCAUUCAGGCUCACCCUUGUGUGCAACAUCGCCCGGGUCAGAGGCGUUGGCUGGCUGAACUUUUUGGAUCACUGAUGGAUGCAAGGACCGAGCUGGAGGAGCAGGCCGGACAAGGUGAUUUUUGGGUUGACUUCUGCUUCAGGUCCAUUGACCCCAUUGGAACCUCUCAGGAUAAAAAAUGAGAAUGCUUUCCCAGCCCAUCAUACAUCUUUGAUCUACUGCGGCUCAACCUUCUCUACAGCUUCAGAGUUAUCAUCUGAGUUUCUCAGUCUAGCAUGGAUAUUUAGAAAGCUACCUUGUUGGUCCAUCUUGCUUAGUAUUGUCUUAUGCAGCCCUCCAGGGUGUCAGACAGAGUUUUCUUGCUUAGUAUUGUCUUAUGCAGCCCUCCAGGGUGUCAGACAGAGUUCUCUUGCUUAGUAUUGUCUUAUGCAGCCCUCCAGGGUGUCAGACAGAGUUCUCUCCCAGUCCUACCUGGAGAUGCUUGGGACUUGAAUCUGAGACUUUCUGCAUGCAAAGUAGAUGCUCCACCAAUCCACUCUCUUUCUUCCUGAACUGCCUUCUCUCCAGCUUUCUCCCUGCUCUUUCUGCAAAACAGGCUUCUUCUUUUUCAGGAAUGUUUUGCCAUCUCUUUUUACAGAGUCCCAUUUCUUUGAUCAGGCCUCUGCUACGUGUUUGUGCUUGUCCGGCUGUGUAUGAUGUCAUGUGCGACUCAAGAGGACAACUCGUCCUGAGAGUCGGUGAAGGAUGGUGCUGGCGAAGGGAGAUCAGCCUGGCCUGCUCACGUGCCUUUAAGAACAACUCAAUCCACAGAAAUGAGCAGGCGGAGCUUUCCUCUGCAUGGAAAUUACAUUUAAACCACCUAACUUCCCCCAAAGAAUCCUGGGAACUGUAGUUCUGGGUAUUGUAAUCCUGGGCGUUGCAGUUCGGGGGUAAACUACAGUUCCCAGGAAUCUUUGGGGGAAAGCCAUGUGCUUUGAGUGUUAAAUUUGUAGGCAGAACACAUGACUGAAAAUCAAGCUUCAGUUAAAGGCACCAGCCAACUUUGGGGUGGCUGUAAAUUGGCAAGUGAAAUGUAAUCAGGCUUGACUUGCAUUUUGAUACCCUGUAGGAUAGGCAUCCCCAAACUCGGCCCUCCAGAUGUUUUGGAACUACAUCUCCCAUCACCCCUGGCUAACAGGACCAGUGGUCGGGGAUGAUGGGAAUUGUAGUCCCAAAACAUCUGGAGGGCCGGGUUUGGGGAUGCCUGCUGUAGGAAAGACUCUUUUCCCAUGCCAGAUCCUGAAUGGAAUGGGUUAUAGCCAAUGGUCAACCUACUCAGAGUGGAUCCAUUUAAAUUAAUUGACAUGUUUAACUGAAUUCUAUUAAUUUCAAUUGGCUAACUCCAACUUAGUUGGAUACAACAGAAUGGAAACUUUCUAUGGGGUAAGGAGAAUAAUUUUUAUUUUAUUUAUUAUUUAUUAAAUUUGUAUACCGCCCUAUAGAUCUCAGGGCGGUUCACAACAUAAAAUGCAUCCUCCCACCUGUACAAGUAAGGAAAUAUAAAAGUUUUAUCCCUUCCCUUCCAUCACCAUAAUCUAACUUAAGGGAUGUUACAAGGAACUUUCCCCAAGGGAUAAAGGGUAAUUGUGAUCACCCCGUGUCUGACUGUGGAUUUUUUUUUAAUUAUCACUUAAAUGUCAUGUCUGAAAAAAAAGGGGGGGAUUCAAUAAACUUGUAUUGGUUUGUAUAAUUCUUUGUUCAAAUAACUUUAAUGCUUUCUUGAGGACUUCUGUAAAGGAUCUGCUCCCCAGCGCAUGGGACACAACAGAGCAAGAAAAGGGUCAGAAAAGGGUCACUGAAAUGAUUGUGGGAAUGGCUGAAGCAUUUUCCUUACAAGGAAAGGCAAAAAUAAAAUGAAAAGCAUGUGGAAGAAAGACAAUGAAGGAUGAUAGUGGUUUAUAAAUUUAUAUGUGGUGUAGAGAACAGAGGAAGAAAAGAUGUAU